CUCUUUUGCACUCUUGUAAUUUCUAGAACCUCCAAGUGACAGGUUUCAUCGAUCUUUCGCGAAAGGUAAGGAAAGUCCCAUAUCCAGAGCAUCUUCCGCAUCAUGGAGUAUAAAGCAAGGCUUCUCUUCCUCCAAAGCUGGAUUUUAUUCUUCAUCAGAUCAAACACAAACAAGCUCAAGCAAACAACACUCGCAACAAUCACCACUUCAAAACUCUACAUACUCUCACACUCAACUCUUUCUCAAACACCAUUAACCUGAAGCACUUCACUUUCGAACCCACCACCAACACAAUCAACAAAAUGGCUUUCUUCCCUCGCAACUUCUACAACUCCGACGCUUCCUUCACUCCUCUCUUCCGUCUCCUUGACGACUUUGACAGCUACUCUCGCCAGGGAACCAACGGAAAUGGUGGCGCUCGCCGCAGCGGCCUCAGCCACUGGCAGCCCAAGUUCGAUGUCCGCGAGACUGGAGAAUCCUACGAGCUUCACGGCGAGCUCCCCGGUAUGAACAAGUCUGAUGUUCACAUCGAGUUCACUGAACCUCAGACCAUGCUCAUCCGCGGCAAGACCGAGCGCACCUACACUGCCGGCACCCCUCCCGCUGGUCUCGUCGAGGGCACCGAAGCCCGAGGCGCCAUCACUGAUGACAGCGAGGAACACAGCAACUCCCACCACGCCACCGUCGAAGACGAGGAGCAAGCCAAGGCUCACGAGGCCAGCACCGAGGUCACCCACCAUGAACAGCCCCAGGAAGUUGAGAAGAAGCCCGUCGACCAGUCCAAGUACUGGCUCACCGAGCGCAGCUUCGGCGAAUUCUCUCGCAGCUUCAACUUCCCCACUCGUGUUGAUCAGGAAAACGUCUCUGCUAAAUUCAACGAUGGUAUCUUGAGCAUCGUUGUCCCCAAGGCCAAGAAGCACGAGUCUCGACGCAUCAACGUUGAGUAAACUCAACCACACAGCACUCAACACAUCACGGAUCUCGAUAAAAGCCACUCUAUCGGCGGCUAUUCCUUAUAUCGGGGCCAACAAUGAAUCAGUUUUAUGACUUUAGCUUGCAUGGAAGGGUCUUUUGGAAGUUCAUUAGCAUGUUCACUGUAGGCCAAUUUGGCCAUUCGCUCCUUGUAUGGUAGCAGAUAAUAAUUCAACUAUAUAACAAACAAUGUUUCCCAGUGCCUCAAACUAGUGAUGUUCAUAAAAAAUGUUUCCUAAGCGCAAUAAUGAUUACUUCGUACCUUACUUAUUAAUAUUGCUUCAUC